AUGACACGCGCCGAGACGGAAGAAAUUCCUGGAACCGAGAGAAUUUUCGAAGGCGACCAGUCGGAAAUCCUCCUUCUCCCGCACCCAACUGACAGCCCCAACGACCCUUUGAAUUGGAGCUGGAAGCGGCGAUAUUGGCAAGCGUUCCUGGUUUGCUAUUACACUGGUUUAACAGCUGCGACCGCCAACGAUGCGGGAAGUACUGCAGAACCAGUCCUGAACGAAUUGGGCAUAACCUAUGCAAUCUACAAUGACGCAGCAGGCGUUCUUUUCGCUGGGAUUGGGUACUUUGCACCCUUCAUCGCAGCCUUGGCCACCCUAUAUGGAAGGCGCAUCGGUUACCUCGUCUCCAUGAUUCUGGGGCUCAUCGGUUCCAUCUGGUUUGCCAAAGUCAAGGGCAUCGGAGAUACCAUCGGCAACCAACUAUUUAUAGGAAUGUCAGAGUCCGGCGCAGAAACAAUUGUCCAAUUGUCUCUUAUCGAUAUAUUCUAUUCGCACCGAAUUGGAACUGCGCUGGCUAUCUACAUUCUCGCAACCUCGAUCGGUACUUAUCUUGGCCCCCUCGUUGGCGGGUAUAUUGCUGGAGGACCUUUGGGGUGGAGAUGGGUGCCAUGGCUGAAUGCGAUACUUUAUGCUACAUCGUUUAUCAUCUUUUACUUUGGGCUGGAGGAAACGUACUUCGAUCGUGAGCGUUAUCUUCAGUAUUACGCAACCGAUACUCCAGGGGUUGUGAUCAAGGGUGAAAAGGAUGCGGAGACGACAGCCGAGAAAACCCUGGCCGAAAAAACUUCAACGGAUAACGAAGAUGCUGAAAAGAAAGCUGGGGUGAACGAGACAACGGGACCACCAGAGCCACUCGUGCAACGCGGGAAAGACCCAAGGGUUAAGAAAACAUACUGGGAAAGCAUUGCCUUGAUCACUCCAGCUAGUAACUUGAGAGGAUGGGGUACUAAGCAGUAUUUUCAACGCCUUAUCCAGGGUAUGCGAGUCUUCGCAUUCCCGGCUGUUAUCUACUCGGGAUUGCAAUGGGGUGCGCAAGAUGCCUGGCUCAGUUUCUACCUCACCACGAUGGACGACCUGUGGUACGACGAGCCUUGGAAUUAUAGCAACUACGGAGUGGCACUUAUGAAUGUGCCAUGCGUUAUUGGGGCUGUAAUUGGCUGCAUGUACGCGGGACCCUUGAGUGAUUGGUUCUGUCUUUGGAUGGCGAAGAAGAAUAAUGGUAUUAAAGAGGCCGAAUACCGACUUUGGCUGGGACUCGCAAACAUGAUUAUCUCUCCGGCAGGACUUCUCCUCUUUGGAAUCGGGAGCGACAGAGGCUGGCCUUGGCCUCCCCCGUAUAUAGGCCUGGCUUUGAUCGGGUUCGGAUGGGGUUGUUCCGGUGAUAUUGCUAUGGCAUAUUUGGUAGAUUGCUACCCAGAUAUGGUCAUCGAGGGUAUGGUUGGUGUUGCUGUCAUCAAUAAUACAUUAGGGAUGACUUUCACGUUCGCUUGCAGUCCUUUUAUUGCUGCGGUGGGGACGACGAAUUCUUAUAUCAUCAUUGCGGUUUUGCAAUUUUUCUUUGCGGGUUUGACGAUUCCGAUGAUUAAAUGGGGGAAGAGGAUUAGGAAGUGGACUGCGCCGAGUUAUCGGCGGUUUUUGGAGAUUAGAGAUGGCUUGAAUCGGCACUGA